UUCUGCAUGCGCUCCAGACGCUCGCUCGCGCAGGCCGUCUACCUUCAACUCAACGUCUCGCGCAACACCGACUCACCGUCCGAGAGCGCACGAGACGGCGGAGGUUUUCCGUGACCGCAUCACGCACCAGGACGGGAAGUUUGAGCAAUCAGGAGGUGGAGGAAAGAAAGAUAAAGAACCGAAAGUAAUCGUCGGUUGGAGACGGCAGAGGAAACGUGUUGGCGUAUGGAAAGGCGCGAGCGCACGGUGACAAGAGGGUGUGUAUAUAUAUAGAUAUAGAUAGAUAUAGAUAUAUAGCAAUAUAUUUCCCUGGAGUGGGACAUGUGUAGUGUUGGAUUGUGCAAUGUGGAGGUAGCUACCACACACACACAGUUUCCUGCUCACUGUUUUCCUGGGGUUUUUGGAGUUGAUUGAUCAUUGAUCACCUUCUGCACUUGGUUCUCCACCAAGCUCCUGACACACACCUUGUUUCCUGACACCAUGACGGAGGUGAACGUCACGUCGAUUCCACUUGUGAGUGAGAACCACGCACUGAAUUACACACACAGCUGCUCGCUGACCAAAACGGCCUUUCAGUUCUACUACCUGCCGACGGUCUACAUCAUCGUCUUCAUCACUGGCUUAAUCGGGAACAGCCUGGCUAUCUGGAUGUUUGUGUGUCACAUGCGUCCAUGGAGCAGCAUUUCGGUUUACAUGUUCAACCUGGCGCUGGCUGACUUCUGCUAUGUGCUCUCGCUUCCCUUCCUCAUAUUCUACUACUUCAACAAAACGAACUGGAUCUUCGGUGACGUCCUGUGCCGCCUGCAGCGUUUCAUCUUCCACGUCAACCUCUACGGGAGCAUCCUGUUUCUGAUGUGCAUCAGCGUGCACCGCUACUCCGGCGUCGUCCACCCGCUCAAGUCGCUCGGAAGGCUUAAGAAGAAGAAUGCCGUGCGGACCUGCACCUUGGUGUGGUUCAUCGUGAUAGCUGGGAUCUCGCCGAUCCUUUACUAUUCGCGUACGGGACCUAAACGAAACGUCACGACGUGCUACGAUACGACCACUGAGGAUGAGCUUCAGGGGUACUUUGUCUAUAGCAUGUGCAUGACCGUGUUUGGAUUCUGCAUACCCUUCGUGGUCAUCCUCGGCUGCUACGGCUUCAUCGUCAAAGCGCUCAUUUACAACGACAUGGACAACGCGCCGCUCAGGAAGAAAUCCAUCCAUCUUGUUAUCAUCGUGCUCGCUGUCUUUGCAGUGUCCUACCUGCCCUUUCACGUCAUGAAGAACCUCAACAUGAGGGCCCGGCUUUACUUCCAGACCCCUGAGAUGUGCGCGUUUAAUAACAGGGUCUACGCUACCUACCAGGUCACCCGUGGUUUGGCCAGCCUCAACAGCUGCGUGGAUCCCAUUCUGUACUUUUUAGCCGGGGACACAUUUCGACGACGGCUCUCCAGAGCCACGAAAAAAAACUCCAAGAAGACCAAUGUCAUGCUGCAAUCCAAGAGCGAAGAAACGGCCCUCAACAGCCUGCCGGAGUACACCGAGAAUGGGAGCAGUUCGCGCUGAGGAUUCAGGAAUGAAUUCCAGAACUUUCUUACGAUGCACUGACUGGGACUUGUUUUGUAUGAAAUGCACUGAUCAUACCAUGCGACAAUCCAGUCAUGACACGAUGACUAUAAUAAUCUAAGACUAUAAAUGUUACAAACACUGUUAAAUAUCAAGCCCUGAGCCAGUGACUGGACAUUCCUUCCACGUGGAAUAACAGGAUUAGUGUACGUGAUGUGACGUGUAGCCUACUGUGUAUAAUCGUCAGUGAUUACUCUCCUUGUGAAUAUACCUUCAUUGUACUGUAUGGAAUUUGUCAGUAUUAUAAGAGCCGCGACGUGUGGAUACACCGACAGCUUCACUCAAAGCCAACAGUGGAGUCACGAUUCAUUUCUACAAAGUGAACUAACCAUCUAAUUCAUGUUAAACCCAGAGGUCACACUAGAUUAGAAUAAAGAGCAGUGCUCUGUAUUAUCUGAGUAUAACACAAUUAAAAGAAGUAAUAUACCCUGA